AAAAAGAGCAGAGAGAGAAAGAGAGAGACAGAGAGAGAGCAUGCUCGCAAAACUUGACGUAUCCUCUUUACUUUACACCAAAGUGCAGGUACAACUGGAAGUGCAACAUAAAAACUGCAUUAUUACAACAGCGUCCUGAAAAAGAGAAACAGCAUAGAGGAAAAUCAGACACAUGAUAUUACUCUAAAUAUCAAUUUAUAAAAACUGUGCGAUGGCUCCGUCACUCUCGCAAGCCUACAGGAGGCGCUGGUGGAUGGCUAUCACGGCAGUCAUAGAGAACCUGUUCUUCUCUGCUGUGUUGCUAGGAUGGGGUUCCCUCCUAAUCAUGCUGAAGAACGAAGGCUUCUACUCACACCUGUGUACAGAGAAUGAAACAGAGAGUCACACAAAUGUAAGCUUGACUGAAAGAUCGCAUUGGCUGAGCUGUAUUGAGCAGGAGGAGAUUCUGAAUCUGGGCUUUACGAUUGGCUCGUUCAUCAUCAGCGCGGCCACACUGCCUUUAGGAGUCCUGAUGGACAAAUUUGGGCCACGUCCGCUCAGAUUGCUUGGCAGUUCCUGUUUUGCAUUCUCCAUGGUUUUAAUUGCUCUUGCAGCAUAUGAUCCUACAGUGUUAUCAGCUCUCAUAUUCAUUGCCGUCUCUAUGAAUGGGUUCGGAGGGAUCUGUUUAACCUUCACCUCACUGACAUUGCCGAAUAUGUUUGGAAAUGUGCGCUCGACGAUUCUCUCACUUAUGAUUGGCUCUUACGCCUCCUCUGCUGUAACCUUCCCAGGAGUUAAGCUGAUCUAUGACCUAGGUGUGUCAUUUUGCACGAUUUUCUGGGUGUGGGCGGCCUUUGCCUGUCUCGUCUUUGUCAACUGCUUUGUCAACUGGCCAGCAGAAUCUUUUCCUGCACCCGAGGACAUCAGAUACACUAAAAGGGUGACGUUGAGAGGUCAAGUAGUGGACCAUAAGAUGACUGGAGAUCGCUCUUACAGUCACGUGAUUACCGAAGAACAGGAAGUGACCAAAAAACUGCCUUCAAAUGAUGAAGUGUACCACAAUGGAACAGCAUCGCAGACUCAGGGAUCUCCACCUUUCAGACGUUCCGUGUGUUCGCCAAUCUUUCUGUGGAGUCUUAUCAUCAUGCCAAUGACCCAGCUUCGUAUCAUAUUUUUCAUGGGUGCCAUGAAUAAGAUGUUGGAGUUCCUGGUUACCCAUGGUGACCCUGACCCCUCUGAGGAGUUGAUAAACGAGGCAGAGGAUCAAGUGGGUUUCUACUCGUCCAUCUUCGGCACUCUUCAGCUGCUCUGUCUGGUGAGCUGUCCUCUCAUUGGCUACAUUAUGGACUGGAGAAUGAAGGAGUGUGAUGAUGAAGUGAAUCCAGCAGAUGGAGCUAUAAGUCAGUCUGGGCCUCUGAAGAGGGACAGAAAGAUCCAGAAACUCACCAAUGCCAUCAGAGCUUUCAGCUUUACUAACCUGCUGCUGGUCGUGUUUGGUAUCAUCUCCCUCAUAGAUAACCUACCCAUACAGGUGGUGUCUUUUAUUUUGCACACGGCAGUCAGAGGUUUUAUUCACUCGUGCUGUGGCGGCCUCUAUGCUGCUGUCUACCCAGCCAAUCACUUUGGCACUCUGACGGGGCUUCAGUCAAUGAUCAGUGCUGUGUUUGCCCUUCUACAACAACCACUCUUCAUCCUAAUGUUGGGACCAUUGAAAGGUGAUCCUUACUGGAUCAACUUCGCUCUGCUUUUGUUCUCUUUGGUUGGAUUCUUUAUGCCGGGAUAUCUCAUCUACCAUAGAAGACAACUCAUAAAGGAGAAAGCAAUGAGGGAUAAUCUGUCAGUGGGCCAAUCAGCACAGGAGAGCGUCAGUCUCAAGCAAACAAAUGGUUCCUCAAAAUAUCAAACUAAUGGAAAUAUCUGAGGUUACUAAGUUUGAGAUGCGUGUGAAUUAUUACAGAAAUACUCGUCUGAUUAUGACAAUUUUUGUUUCACGGCGCUUCGAAAAAUUGAUAGACAAAAGUGGGUAAACCUCUCAGUGUUUUUUUUUUCAGUGUUUGCUAUACUAAGCACUGAAAGUAAUUUUUCUUUAAAAGUCUCACCGUUAUCAGAAAUACGUUUACGGUGUUUUCUUUGCAGUACUCAAAAGAAACCUACAGUAUUAUGCUACUUGCCUGGCUGACAGUGAUUUACCCUAUAGUAGUUUGUCUUUGUCUGCUAAAAUAUCUUCUUUAUAAUUUCACAGAUACUGAAAUGUUCAUGAAAAUGAUAGUAGAAUAACAGGGAGGGGUUCAGUAUCUUUAAAAGCAUCUUAACCUCCUCAUAUUCAGAUGCACCUCCUGCCAGAUUGAGGCAGUCUCAAAUAACAGCGUCUCAAUGGCAUGGCGGGAAAAAGACUCUACUCAAGGUCAUGCCCUUUUUCCGUCAUAUUGUCAUCAUAUAACUGGGAAGGAGAAUGCUGUAGUUCAAACCAGCCAUUCUCUGUAGUCCUUGAAAAGUGAAUUCUGUUCAAGAAAAUAUAUUGCUUGGCUUUGAGCUUUGUAAUUUGGCAGGUGUUAUUAAAGUUAUUAAUUUAAGUAUUACUAUAAAAAGUACCUUUGCGCCUAAAGAGUUCAUGUUAGUACCUCUAAGGUACUUAUUGCUACCAAAGAGUGUAUAUUAGCACAUAAAAUGUACAUAUUGGUACCAAAUGUAUACAAAAAAUAGCUGUAAUAUUGCAUCUGGUUGCCAGUAAUUUACUGUAGAAGAUAAUGACUGUAAAUGUUUCAUGUUCAUUUAACUUUGAACAAACUAUUGCCAGUAAAUAACAUAAAUGUAAAAUCUACAGUAAGUUACUGGCAACCAGCUGUAAUUUCUACAGAUUUUUUUUACAGUGCUCUAUAUCUAAAUGAUACAUAUUAGGACUUUUUUUUAAAGGGUACUGCCUUGUUUUCUGAAAGUAUACAAAUGCACGUUAUUUUAAAGGAAAAACAUGUUUGUUUCCAUAAAAACUAAAUUGUAUAACUUUUCAUGUCUUUAAAACAACUUUCACCUUACAUUUUAUUGGUUAAUGUUUAUGAAGAGCCAAAUACCCUUAAGGCACUACGGUCUAAUGUUAAGAGCAAUGAAUUGAUGUUUCACACUCUUAAAAAUAAAGGUUCUUAAAGUGUUCUUCACAAUGAUGUCAUAGAAGAACCUUUGUCAGUUCCCUAUAAAUCCUUUAAAAUUAAAGUUUCUUAAAAAAGCUAUUUCUUUCUUUACUUACCUUUAAUGAGAAUUUUUUUCACUAUAAAUAAACAAAGUUUCUGUGGAUGUUAAAGGUUCUUCCUGGAACGAUACAACCAAAAAUGGUUCUUCUAUCUAUGACAUCAUUUAUAGCACCUUUAUAUUUAAAAGUCCUUGUGAUUUUAAAUUACAUGGUAUCUAAUGUUUGUGCAGGUUACAGACAUAUUCAGAUUUACUAAUGCGAAUAAACGGGUGUUGUUUGUUUAUUAUGUUUGUGAAGGUAUUGUUUAGUCCCUUUUUGGUAAAUGGGAAACCUUAUAGGUAAACCAGGGGCCUCAUUUAUAAAGCGCACAUUUGAUCAAAGACAAAAAUCCAUGGCAAUGUUCAUAUUUUAAAAACUGUCUUUGGUGAAGAUAAGUAUUAGACAUAUGCAUUUUUGCCUAUCCGAUUGCUGCAGGUUUUUGGAAAUAUAAGCAGUGUUGUAGUGCAGAUAUACUGAGCAUACCCAAUUCUGUAUUAGGUGGCAUGGGGUAUACCCAAUUCUAAAUAUUAAUUGAUAAUAUUAAUUUCAUAAUUAUCCUUAUGCUGAGAAGUCAAGCAGCAGAAGUGACAAUACCGGCCCAAUAUGGGGUGAUCUGAAUAUGCAAGACAAGUCUUACAUGUCAUUGUUUAUAAAACAGGACGUUCAACCCUUAAAAUGAGGGCAUAAAUUAAGAGCAACUUACCCACUUCUUUAGGUACUACUACACCACUUUUUUGCUGCUCAAAGAGGAUUUAAACAUUGACAGACGCUCUUUUAUAUGUGAAUGACAUUAAUUGUAUAUUCAUUUUCAUUUAAUGCAUAAAUAAUAAAUCAAGAUCGCAAGUAUUUCACAUUUGAAAAGUAAGGCAUAAACCCCUUAUUUUGUGUAACCAUUCGUUUUUUGAAUCACAAGCACUUAGGAGGAAAAUAUAACGCAUUUUAUAAAUGAAGCCCCUGAUCUCCUAUCCAGACUCUCAGGUCUGGUAAAUAAUGCUUUACGUAAUGUCACUUGUCUUGACAUGAUGAAUCAUUAUUUUGUGUUUAAAUUUAAACCUGUUGUCUUGUACCUCUGUUUCUUCUUUGUUUGUUUUAAAGGUUCUUAGUAGAUACAUCUUUAUUAAAUCUGUGUCUUCACAUUGGACACUGUGGAAAUGCUGCUUUAAAGAAAUAAUAGAUGGGUCAUUUUAUCUUGUUAAUCCAGAGGAGAGUUUGCACUUUAUUCUUUGUUUAUGUUUAAUUGCCCAGUAAAAGAUAUGAAGAAAAGUCUAGAAAAUAUGUGUUAUAUAUACUAUAUAUGUUUUCAAUGUAUCUGUUGAUUUUCCAACAAAAUGGUGCUUGCAUUGGUCAUGCGGUGAUUGUAAAUGUGCUUAAAGAAAAACUUUUAAAUCAGACAAUUUUUCUGUUUUUUUUUAUUUGUAAAACAUGUUCUUAAAAAGUUGAAUGAAAAUGUAUAAAUUUUUCAUCAUACUCAUAAAUAGACACAGAGGCACUUUGACGCUUCAACACUUAGAAAUGUAACGCAUAUGAUGGGUUACCGAUAAUACAUUAAUGAUGUCCUCACACACAUACAGUAUAUACAAACUGCAAAACAUUAGAAGUGUAACAUCUGUUGAGGCCCAAUCUUUCAGGUUGUGCUUCAACUCCCUCCUGUUCGUCUGUGAACCAGGCAUUUUUUUUUAUCUCAGAUUACUGCUGCUGGACUGAGA